UUGAAGUGUUUGACACUUUUAUGCUAGAUGAAAUUAAAAGUUUGAAAUUAAAAAAAAAAAAAAAAUGAUAAUUAAAAGUAAAUUUCAUUUAUAAAUUCAAAAUUAUUUUAAAUCAAAAUGUUUAAACUUUUUAUAGUUUUAACAUUACAUUUGUUUGGAAAACUAGAAGCGGCUAAUUCCUUUAAACGAAGAAAUAUAGUAUUAGCAACAAACUUUGAUUCUUCUAACUCACUUGGUAAGCUAUUGGUUUCUGAUAUACUUAGCAAGUUACCUUUGGAUAAAUACCGAGUAAGCCUCUAUUCAACAAAUGGAGUUUUCCAGCAGUUUUUUGAUUUUCAAUCCAGAGCAUGUUUACUAAAGGUUUUAAGUAACAAGCAACCAAAACAAACUAGUUUAACAAAUGCCUUAAAACAAGCGAUGCAGGAAAUUGAAUAUAGCUUCAAUGAUGAAAAAAACUUUUUUGUUAUUGUCACAGAUACCUACUUGGAUGAAUCAUCAGUUGAAUUUUUGAAAAGUAUACGCAGGUCAAAUUUAAAUGAAGGAAUAUAUAUUUUGCAAAUUGGAAAAGUGAUACAAACUUAUUUUCGCAAAGAAGAUGGUUUCAAUUGGAUAUCUAUUAACUCAACAACUAUAAUAAAUAAUCUUCCAUUCAUUCAAGCUAACCGUCAAUUAUGCUCCAAAAAUUACAAGUUACAAUUGGAUGAAUGUAGUCGAAGGUGUGAUUGCGUUGAUGGUAAACUGGUAAAUUGCAGACGUGUUCGCAGAGAGUUUUCUUCCAUGUCAAGGGAGGAAAGAGAUUUGUAUUUGAAUACGUUCAAAGAGUUUUCUGUUAACCCAAAAUAUAUUGAAAUCUAUGAAAAGUUUGUCAUGUCGCAUCAAAAAUAUUUUUGGUCCGGUAUUCAUGAAGCUAAGCAGUUUUAUCCAUGGCAUCGAAGUUACAUAUUGAAGUUUGAAAGUUUACUUCGGGUUAUCGAUUGCCGUGUAACAUUACCAUUCUGGAACUGGGCUUAUUUUUCAAACUCUGUUUGGGAAUCUACUCCAACACAUCAUAUGUGGGAUAUAUACGGUGGGUUUGGGGGCGAUGGUGCAAAAAACAUGGGUUAUUGUGUUACAGAAGGCAUUUUUAAUCUGAAUAAUUGGAAAACAUCAAAGUUUGAAGAUAGGAAAAAUGUUAUUUUAGAAACUUGCAGGAUAAACCAAGAAGAAUCUUCUGAGUCCGUAAAAUGUAUCGAGACAGCAAGUAUACCGUUUUUAAACAAAUGUUUACGCCGAAGAUUUAAUGGCAAUGUACCAAACAUUUCUUCGAUUAUUCAUGUUAUUAACAAUUUACUUCCAAACGAAUUUCCAUCAUUCGAGAGAAUUGUUCGAAAUAGUUGGCAUAAUACUAUACAUAAGGCAAUCGGAGGUCAUAUGGGAACCGAAUACGCUUCAUAUUCGCCUGAAUUUUGGUCUCAUCACGCAAUGCUCGAUGGUCUUUGGUUCGAAUGGCAAAAAAAAUGUGCAAAAUGUGUCUACUCUGGGUAUCCUGGCAAAUCGGAGUAUCUAAUAGGUUCUAAACAAAACAGGCAUGAUUAUAUUAACUCUUUAAAACUUGGCGAAUGUGGAAUUAAAGUGGUGUAUGACUCGAUUUUUGUCACAAAAAUUAGUGAACAAUGAUUCGGUGACCGUGAUACUGAUUGUAUCACAUAACAUGUAAAUGUAUUUUAAGAUUAAAAAAAAGUUUUUUUA